AUGGCCGACAUUCUACCCCGCCAGCCAGUCAGCGUGAUUGUCCCACCAGUGGCCCCAAACAUAGAAAGUGACCGACUGCUUCUCCGCCCCGUCACCGACUCCGACAUUCCCGCUCUAUUCGCCGUUCGCUCGAGACCAGAAGUAGCUCGAUUCAACCAUCCCAAAACCCCGUUCAAAACACACGCCGAAACGCGCGAAUGGGUUUCCAGUAAAACAUUCACUUCUGGAACUUCCGACACAAUCGGCCGUUCCUUUAACUACGCCAUUUGCGAUAAAUCACAGCCUGGUGUCCCCCUUAUCGGGUACUUGAGUAUCAAUGUGGUAGUCCCUUGUCCCGAGAUCGGGUACUCGCUUCUUCCCGAGACGUGGGGGAAGGGGUAUGCAACGGAGGCACUGCGGUUGAUGCUGAGUGUUUGGUGGGGGUUGCCUAGGAGGACGUGGGGUGAUGAGGAGGAGGAGGAGGAGGAGGAGAGGCUUUAUGCAAUUAGUCAGAGGGGGAAUUUGGGGAGUUGUGCGGUCUUGAGGAAGUGUGGGUUUGUGGUUGAUAGGGAGGUUGACUUUGAGGGAGAUGAGCUUUAUGUUUGGAGUGUGCGGAGGCCGUGA